AUGGAACAGUCUUUCAAAAACCGAGUUGCAGCAGCAGCGAGGGAAUAUUGUGCAAAAGCUCAAUGUUUUCCAAAUCAAUCAAGGUGAAUGGUUUUUGUUUAUUUUUGUUUGCCAGACACGAAUGAACGAUUAAAUCAAUCACUAGAUAACAAUCGAAUUUUAAAUAAUUCGAUAUACGUUUAACGCAUUUAAAGCACCCACAUGUUACAGGUUGAAUUAUGUAAAUGCUGUCUUUUGUCGCAAUAAAUUCACAUAGCUGCUGGCCACAUAAGUGAAAAAGCUCUAUAGCUUGGGCGAAAAGCGGGAACAGAGCUAACGCCCAUGAUAAAAUGGCGCUUAAAUGGUCCUUAAAAUCAUUUUGCGAACAUUUACUUUCGUUAGGUUUGCAGUUGCUUAAAUUGCAAUUACCACUGGAGUGGCGAUCACAUCUUCAUUAAAGUCCUUUUGUAAACAUUUCUCCCUUUAAAUCCUUGCCAAAGGCUUUCGUCAGGUUCCUCGUUCAUGUUUCCAUUCUUAUAAACAAUAGCUCUAAUUUAACAUUUUAAUUAUUAAUGGCAACAAACAGCAUCUAUAGAAGAAAGCAAUAAGAGCAUUAUUAAAAAUAAAAUAUUGUUUUUAAAUCGGCCAUUGUCAUCAUCAUCAUCAUAACCACAAUUAUUUGGGCCAGUUUGUUAAUCUUUAUUUUUCAUGAUCUUACCUUUAUAUUGUUUCGUUUUCAUUUUAUCAUUAUUUACAUGUAUGAUACCUUUAUUUUUUUUUAGACGAAGGCGCUCGUCUGUAAACGUCACAUUUACGGCUGACAUGGUUCAAAUUCUUCCUGGUUAUCCCAAACAGUCAGACGAUUCUCCUGGUGUAAUCUUACUGGCUUUCUACUUGAGUCUUCCACAAGGAAUUUCUGAAAGCAGUAUUGUCCCUGGGACAGUAUUGAGUAAGAUCGUGAUGGACCACAAAGAGAACAUUCAAACUUCUAUUGGAGGUGAAAUCUUAAGUGCCGAUCCCUUACCAGAGCAACUGAACGACGGGGAAAGCGACAAGGAAAACGACGGACAGUCAAAACCACUGAACGUUAUUAUCGGGGCGUCGUUGGGUGGUGGACUGCUCUUAAUCAUUAUUGCUGCCGCUCUGAUCGGAUGCAAAAAGGCUGGCAGGUACUUCUAGUUUCGCGCGUGUUUUUCGUUUUUUUUUCCACUAACGCGCUCAAAUGCUGUUCAUAAUGUUUGUCGUUUGCUCUUAGUGAAGAAGGUGGUCUGAAAAUAAAAUUUGUCAUUAUGUAUUGAUUAUUAAAUUGCAUUUCUCCAGAUUCAGUCAUAAAAGACGUUUGGAAAGCCGAGGAGAUUUAGAGCACCGCGAUACUACACAUAAGGAGCCUAUGAAUACUUCUUCCAGAGCAAACGAUCACAUUCAUGCCGUUGAGCAAGCCGUGGAAAUGGAAGAAAAAAGCGAGUAUGUCGGUUCGUCUUCUCCGGACCAGAUUGAGCAUAAGACAAUUCCAUCUGUUAAUAACCCGAUCUACGAUCAACCAGCAUCUCCUAUUUAUCCAUCAUUGCCUGGGAAACCGUCUGGUGUAGCACUUGGGAAAAAGACAAAUGAUAAGAAGCCAAGUAAAUCAGAACUCAGUUAUAAUCCAGUCAAGAGCCAACAAGUAUCCCACAUUAACGAAGCACUCCAAGAAUCCGAUGUUGCCGACAAUAAUGUAUGUAAUGGGGAACACGAGUCCCAACCAAAGACUGGACAUUCCAUUAAUUACUUACCCAAAGGACAGAGCCCACAAGAUACUACAUCUUGCUAA